UUAGUAGGUUAUAUUCUUGACGCACCUUAUAUCCGCGGGUGGGCCUAUUUUGCCAUCGGUACAAGGAAAUGAGUGAUGCUUUGUGUGAAGAAAAAUAAGACUACUCCGCAUGAAAAUUGCAAAAAAAAAAAAAAAAAAAAAAAAAAAAAAAAAAAAACAGUCAAGAGCAUGAGGCACUAACGCUGAAAUACCAAAAUUAGACGGGGCUCUAACACCAAUUUUCAUUGCCUCUCUCUUCGUUGUUCUGUGCACGACCUCUUUCGUGUCACUUCUCUCUCUCUAUUUCUCUCUGUGCUCCCCGAAAAACUUGAGAUAUUCCAACCAACAAAAAAUCCCAACAGAAAAUCUAAGAAGAAACCUGAAAAGGGUUUAAAAUUUUCGGAACAAAAAGAUCAAAUUUGAUACAGACAAUUGUCGCAUUACAGAUUUGAUCAGAGCUCUGUUUGAGCAAUUAAUUGCUGUGAAUUUUGCGUAAAAGUUGAAAUAGGGCACAAGGCUUUCUGGGUUUUGCGUGGCAUUUCACGCUGAGGCUGAGAGCUAGGCGCGGAGAGCAAUUCAAUAUACAAUAUCUAUAUAUAUAUAGGUGUAAUUCGUAUGUGUUAUACAAUGGGAUGAGAGGGAUUUUCUGGGAAUGCAAAAGAAAAACACAAUCAAUGGACACCGGAGGAGUCCGGUCUGUUGUUUUGUUCGUUGUUUUUCUUUGCGCAAUGGCGGCUCGGAAUUUGGAAGGCAAACUUCUUGGCAAUGGUAUCACUUGGAAUAUCAGAGACAUGAACCAAGAAAAAGCUGAGCAGGUGUGGAUUCAUUACAAGAAAGAAUUGAAGGACAAUAUGGAAGCCUUUGAAGAUUUUGACCCCUCGCUCCCACAGGCUAUUACCGAUCUGCCUCCCCAAGUGAAACAAAAUAUUUUUGAUUGCUUAAGAAAGAACAAUUUUCCAUUUCAUGCUUCUGGCAAAGAGGUUGGCACUAAGACUUGGUUCAUUGAGUGCCUACCAUUGCCUUUUGGUUGGCCUAAUGUUCCCAGAAGGCACCUGAUAAGUAGGUCACGUGAUAGCAAAGCAGUAAGCCCUGCUCCAGCAUCAUCUUUUCCCAGAAAUUCGUGGCCCCCGGCCCGCACUCCAAAUCCACCCCUCCUUCCUCCACCUUUGGCUGAUGAAAAUCCUCCACCAGGACCACUUGGUAGUCCAAUUCCACAUUCAGAGUAUAAAAGCACCAUCCGGAAGUAUAUUAUUGUUACUAUAGCUUCAGUAGUUGUGGCUAUACUUUCCCUUACCGCUCUGCUCUUAUUUUGCUUAUGUAAGGGUAACGAAAACAAGAUAGCUCCCAUAGACGGACAAAGAGAUGAGAAACCUCUCCUCCACUCUGCUGGUUCUCCACAAAAGUAUCAAAAUGUAGGAAAUGCAAGUAAUAGAAUUUUUAAGACUAUGUCCUUUGCUAACAAUUCUGCUACUGUGGCUGUUAUCCCUGAUUCCUCACUGGUCAACACCCAAUCAUCCCAGGAAACCACUGUUGCAUCUGAAGAUACCGAAGCACCAUUACCCCUUCCACCUGGAAGAACAGCUCCUCCACCCCCUGGACCUCCUCCUCCUCCUCCACCUAAACCUCCUGCUCCUAGACCUCCGCCGCCUCCAAAAAAAGUUGUUCAGCCUCCGCCUCUUCCAUCAAAAUCUGGUAAUCCGACCAAACUUUCACCUCUUGUACCACAUCAUCAUGGACAUUCUUCUUCAGCGGAGGGAAAUGACCUAUCCACUGAAUCUGUCACUCCAAAAACAAAGUUGAAGCCAUUCUUCUGGGACAAGGUUCUUGCAAGCCCUAAUCAUUCAAUGGUUUGGCACGAACUCAGAACUGGGUCAUUCCAGUUCAAUGAGGAGAGGAUUGAAAGUCUAUUUUGUUACACUCCUCCCGCGAGUAAAAACAGACAUGAGCUCAGGAAGGAUUUUUCAUCCUCUGAAAAUUCCACCCAGUAUGUUCAGAUUAUUGAUGCUAAGAAGUCACAAAAUUUAGCGAUUCUUCUAAAAUCAUUGCACGUGACAACAGAAGAAGUCUGUGAUGCCCUCAAGAAUGGUAACGAGCUUCCUGCAGAGCUUGUUCAAACUUUAUUGAAGAUGGCACCAACAACAGAAGAAGAACUAAAGCUUAGGUCAUUCAGUGGGAAGCUUUCACAACUUGGCCCUGCUGAAAGGUUCCUUAAAAUUAUUGCUAAAAUCCCUUUUGCCUUCAAACGGCUGGAGUCAAUAUUGUUCAUGAGUUAUCUUCAGGAGGAAGUCUCUUCCAUUAAGGAGUCAUUUGCAACUUUAGAGGUAGCUUGCAAGGAGCUCAGAAGCAGCAGACUGUUUUUGAAACUUUUAGAAGCAGUUCUCAAAACUGGCAACCGCAUGAAUGAUGGUACCUUCCGUGGAGGCGCACAGGCAUUCAAGCUCGACACACUCUUGAAACUGUCUGAUGUGAAAGGAACUGAUGGAAAGACCACUCUCCUGCACUUUGUUGUUGAGGAAAUCCUUCGGUCAGAAGGUGUACGAGCUGCACGUACAGCAAGAGAGAGCCAGAGAACGUCCAGCACAAAAAAGGAAGACCUUAUUGAGGAUUCUACACAAGAAACAGAUGAAUAUUAUAGAAGCCUUGGUCUUCAGGUGGUUUCAGGAUUAGGCAAUGUACUUAGACAUGUAAAAAAGGCAGCACUCAUAGAUGGUGAUACCCUACCAGCAACAAUAUCCAAACUUAGCCAGUCACUAUCAAAAGCUAAAGAGUUCCUUAACACUGAGAUGGAAAGUAUAGAGGAAGAGAGUGAGUUCCAUGAUACACUAGCUGGUUUUGUGCAACAUGCAAAUGUUGAUAUCACAUGGCUGCAAGAGGAAGAAAAGAGGAUAAUGGCUUUGGUGAAGAGCACAGCAGACUACUUCCAUGGGGAUGCAGGGAAGGAUGAAGGCCUGCGUUUAUUUGUGAUUGUCCGAGAUUUCUUGAUCAUGUUGGAUAAGGCAUGCAAAGAGGUGAGAAACUCAGAAACUAAGUCAACGAGGACUUCUAGGAAAGAAGCUUCAACAGUAUCACCUUCUCAAGAAUCCCGUCAGCCAUCUCGAAUAAAUGUUCGUGAACGACUAUUUCCAUCAAUCAGGAAUAAUUCAAGGAUGGAUUUUGAGAGAUUCUCUCCGUAGCUUUCUCUUAGAAACGGUGUUUAUGAAAACUUGGAGGUCCUGCCACAACAAAUCAAGCUUUGAAGUUCAGUAUUGAUCUUCUGUAAAUAACUUGUGUAGUGUAUGAAAUUUACUGGUUUCCGGAAAAGAAGGCAGAAGCUCUAUUGGAGGGGACAAAGAACAAAGAAGACACUGAAGCAGGAGUGCAGAAGCUCUAUCUAGGGACAAAGAACAAUGAAAACGUUGAAGCAGGGGUGCAGAAGCUCUAUUGGAGAGGCAAAGAACAAAGAAAGCAUUGAAGCAGGCGUGCAGAAGCUUGGAGGGACAAAGAAGAAAUAAAACAUUGACGCAGGAAUGUGUACAAGCAUUCAUCUGAAACUGAAGUCCAAUUAUCAUUGCAGGGCCUCUUCACCAGCACUCUGUGGAUCCAAAUGUGUUAGUCCAUAGUUGUGUAUUACAAUUAUAGAGAGAAAAAAAGGUCCUUUCUGUAUCAUGGAACUCUUUCAUGAAAUGAUAAGGGUAAUAUGUUUCCUCAAUACUUUAGUUUUUUAUAAUGUAUUGAUCCGUGAAAUCUAAGAUAGUGAAGCUGAUCAUUAUUUGAACAUAAAAUUUCUGUCACUUAUAACCUUUGUCUCCCCAGAAAAAAAGAGGAGGAAAAUAAGAUGUUGAACAAAAUUCAACUCGAAAUUAACUCUCAGAAAAUCACUCUCGGUCAUGCUUUUUAAGAUUUCUCCAGAGAAAAAAAAAAAAAAAAAAGAUUUCUCCAGGUACUACAGUUCCUAUUUAUGAGGUAUUUAUUAGACCAUUUCAUGAAAUUUGCCUUCAAGGAGGGACCGAAACUAGUGGUGGGGAUGACCUUGUUAUUACAUUCCAACAUUUGGGGAAAUUGGCUUAAAAUGCAUUUACUUCUUUGUGUCCUUACUACCCAACCUG